GUCCGAGUCUUCAAGACGCAAGGUGGUGGUGGUCUUCUGAUAUGAACGGUCGAGACAUGGAUCAGGGACAUGAGCUUUGCUUUAUUGUCAAUGCCACUCAUCAGCGGGAUCGCAAGACAAUAAAAUUUAUGUCAAGGGGUGGUUUCCAGCUUAAGGCAACAGACACCUGUGUACAUGUAUCCAAUAUUCCUUAUGGGUACAGAUGGCAAGAUUUAAAAGAACUAUUCAACAAAGAAGUUGGAGAGGUGUUACAUGUGGAGAUAGCUAAGCCUAAGCCUGGGGGCAAAAUUAUUCAAGAAUGUGCAAUUAUCGAGUUCAAGUCUGCGGAGCUUCAACGAGAGGCUAGGAAGAAAAUGCACAAAUACGAUUUGAACAAUCGCAAGCUGUGUGUGAAAGAGGUAAUCUAUCUUAAGACUCCCGAAUGCUCCAUCCCAAGCUUUCCCUCUGAAGCUGCCCCCUGCUCCAUAUCAAGCUUUCCCUCUGAAGCUGCCCCCUGCUCCAUCCUAAGCUCUACCUCGGAGGUUGCACCCUGCUCCAUCUCAAGCUCUACUACCGCCAGUGGUACGAAAAUUUAUCCUCCUUGGUGGAACUCGGAUUGUGCGGAUGCUAUCCGCUAUAAGCGAGCGGCCUGGAAAAAGUACAGAGUGAAGCAAACUCCAGAAUCUCAUGUUUUAUUUAAGGAGGCCAGUUCUGAGGCCCGUAGAGUCAUUCGUGCUGCUAAACAGUGUGCUGAAGCCUUGGAUCCUAAGAGCCCACAAGUGGAUCAAUCCAGUCAGCAGGUCUGGAAAAGCUAAGUUGCCAAGAUGGAUGAAAUGAAAACAUAUUAAAUAAGGAUGAGUACAUUUGUAUCUGCCCAGUAACAGGAUGAACAAUCAUAAAGACAGCCUUGUCACAACAAAGAUGACUUCAGCAAGCUACUUGGGGCUUUAUAAUUAAUUACUACAAUGCAUUAUGUCUCCUUAUACAUACCUACAUUGUUUCCUGUUGUAUAAGGUUUGCAUUCUUAUUAGUUUCAUAACCAGACUGUAUGUGAACACUUGAAUAGUAGUCAAAAUAACUUUUCAAUAUGCAUACUGAUUGUUUAAUAGUCAAAUAAAGAUUAUUAUACUCUUAA